UCACGUGCAUUGCAUGGGCAACAAUUCAUUCGGCUUAUUGCAAAGAUGAAAGCGCGAGUUAGGAUGCGAUCGAAUAUUUCUGGAAAUCGGUGCAUCAUUUGGGUUUUGAUAAUUGGAUUUAGUAUAGGUGCUGUCGGAGGUAUCUCACAGUGUCCAGACCUUACCGCCCCAGAUAAUGGUAAUGUAAACGUUGCUGGAGUAAAUGUUAAUGAUACGGCUGCCUACACGUGUAAGACUGGUUAUACUCUCGACGGAACAAACUUUAGAGAAUGCCAAGCAGGUUUUACCUGGUCAGAGUCGGCCCCAACCUGUAAUAUCGUAGAUUGUGGUACACCAGCAGACCCUGUAGGUGGCGUUGCCAGCUAUGCAAACACUACGUAUCUAUCUACACUGAAUUACUCUUGCAACACAGGAUUUAAUCUGACAGCGGGCGAAACAUCAGCCACUUGCAUGAAAGAUGGCAACUGGGAUAAUAGCCCGCCUACUUGUACAAUUGACGAUUGUCUUGGUUUGAGUAACAUAACAGAUGGUUCUGUAUCUGCACCUGUUACAACAUUCGGAGCAACAGCAACAUAUACAUGUGACACUGGAUACUACAUUUCUUCGGGUAGCCAGAAUCGUACCUGUCAAGCAGGAGGGUCAUGGGAUGGCACAGAACCAACCUGCUCUAUUCAAGAUUGUUUGGGAUUGUCAGCACCAGCUGGAGGUAGUGUUGCCGUGACAACAACAACAUACAGUUCAACAGCAAAUUAUUCUUGCGAUACGGGGUAUGAUAUCAAUGGGACAGCAACUAUAACGUGCCAAGCAGACGGCAACUGGGAAACAUUGCCAACCUGUGAUAUCAAAGAUUGUGGAAACUUGACUGGGCCAACUGAUGGUUCAGUGAACUUUACUUCUACAACGUAUAGCUCUGUAGCUACAUUCACAUGUGACACUGGUUACACCCUGGUAGGAGAUAGUUCAGCAACUUGCAUAGAUACAAGUGCAUGGAGUGCAAGUGCACCUGUCUGUAAUAUUGUUGACUGUGGGACAUUGGAGCAACCAGACAAUGGAAAUGUAAACUUUGACCCUGGAACUGUGUACCAGAAGAUUGCUGCCUAUACCUGUGAUACAGGGUAUGAACUUAGAGGGGACAAUAUCAGAAGAUGUGAAGCUAGCGGUAAUUGGAGCUCAACCCCUCCCACUUGUCAGAUAUAUGAUUGUAGUGCUCCUGAAGCUCCAACAAAUGGUAAUGUGACACUGACAUCGGGUUUGACAACUUACGGAGAACAAGCUCGUUAUACCUGUGACACGGGCUACAAUGAAAAUGGUACCUCAAUAAGAACUUGUGGAGAGGGAACCUGGUCUGGUUCUCUACUAACAUGUGAUGACAUAAAUGAAUGUGUAGAGGGGACUGAUAACUGUAAUGUGAAUGCAGCAUGUGCCAACACAGAUGGAAGUUUUACCUGUACCUGUAACCCAGGUUACUCAGGGGACGGAUUAACAUGUGACGACUGUGGCACAUUGAGUAAUCCGGCUGAUGGAACUGUCAGUCAGACAGGAACCACCCUUAAUGAUACUGCGACGUACAUUUGUAAUACCGGCUAUGAGCAGAUGGGAGGAAAUUUGACUCGUACAUGUGAGACUGAUGGUACAUGGAGUGGUGCUGAACUUGUAUGCACUAUUGAAGAUUGUGGUUCCCUGUCAUCUCCAACUGAUGGGACAGUAAAUUACACAGAUUCUACGUAUCAGCAGACUGCAACAUACACAUGUAAUACCGGGUACCAGCAAACAGGAGGGAAUAUAUCCCGUACCUGUCAGGCAGGAGGAGCAUGGGAUGGAACAGAAAUUGUUUGCCAGAUUUAUACAUGUACAAAUCUAACUGACCCAGCUGAUGGAAAUGUAACAGCAACAGGUAACAGCUAUGGAGAUACUGGCACUUACAGUUGUGAUCCAGGAUAUGAUUUGAAUGGAAGCAGUUUGUUGACAUGUGGUACAGGAACCUGGGACAAUGCUGAACCUAACUGUACCAAAAAGGAUUGUCGUGCCUUGAGUAAUCCACCAGAUGGAACGGUAAAUAUGACAGGAACUGUAUACCUUGAGACAGCAACAUACGCUUGUAAUAGCGGCUAUGAGCAGACUGGAGGAAAUUUAACACGUACAUGUGGGACUGAUGGCUCAUGGGAUGGUACUGAAAUUGUAUGCACGAUUGAAGAUUGUGGUUCCCUAUCAUCUCCAGCUGGAGGGACUGUGAAUUACACAGAUUCUACAUAUCUGGAGACUGCAACAUACUCAUGUAAUACUGGGUACCAGCAAACAGAAGGGAAUAUAUCCCGUACAUGUCAGGCAGGGGGAGCAUGGGAUGGAACAGAUAUUGUUUGCCAGAUUUAUACAUGUACAAAUCUAACUGACCCAGCUGAUGGAAAUAUGACAGCAACAGGUAACAGCUAUGGAGAUACUGGCACUUACAGUUGUGAUCCAGGAUAUGAUUUGAAUGGAAGCAGUGUGUUGACAUGUGGUACAGGAACCUGGGACAAUGCUGAACCUAACUGUACCAAAAAGGAUUGUCUUGCCUUGAGUAAUCCACCAGAUGGAACAGUAAGUGUGACAGGAACUGUAUACCUUGAGACAGCAACAUAUGCUUGUAAUACCGGCUAUGAGCAGACUGGAGGAAAUUUAACACGUACAUGUGGGACUGAUGGCUCAUGGGAUGGUACUGAACUUGAAUGCACUAUUGAAGAUUGUGGUUCCCUAUUGUUACCAGCUGGAGGGACUGUGAAUUACACAGAUUCUACAUAUCUGGAGACUGCAACAUACUCAUGUAAUACAGGGUACCAGCAAACAGGAGGGAAUAUAUCCCGUACCUGUCAGGCAGGAGGAGCAUGGGAUGGAACAGAAAUUGUAUGCCAAAUUUAUACCUGUACAAAUCUAACUGAUCCAACUGAUGGAAAUGUGACAGUAACUGGUAACAGCUACGGAGAUACUGGCACUUACAGUUGUGAUCCUGGGUAUGAUUUGAAUGGAAGCAGUGUGUUGACAUGUGGAACAGGAACUUGGGACAAUGCUGAACCUAACUGUACCAAAAAGGAUUGUCUUGCCUUGAGUAAUCCACCAGAUGGAACAGUAAGUGUGACAGGAACUGUAUACCUUGAGACAGCAACAUAUGUUUGUAAUACUGGCUAUGAGCAGACUGGAGGAAAUUUAACACGUACAUGUGGGACUGAUGGCUCAUGGGAUGGUGCUGAACUUGUAUGCACUAUUGAAGAUUGUGGUUCCCUAUCACCACCAGCUGGAGGGACAGUGAAUUACACAGCUUCUACAUAUCUGGAGACUGCAACAUACUCGUGUAGUACCGGGUACCAGCAAACAGGAGGGAAUACAUCCCGUACCUGUCAGGCAGGGGGAGCAUGGGAUGGAACAGAAAUUGUUUGCCAGAUUUACACUUGUACAAAUCUAACUGACCCUACUGAUGGAAAUGUAACAGCAACAGGUAACAGCUACGGAGAUACUGGCACUUACAGUUGUGAUCCAGGAUAUGAUUUGAAUGGAAGCAGUUUGUUGACAUGUGGGACAGGAACCUGGGACAAUGCUGAACCUAACUGUACCAUAAAGGAUUGUGGAACUCUGUCAACAGUACUAACGAAUGGAACUGCUUCCCAAAAUGGCACCAAAUAUCUCGAUACGACAGUCUACACAUGCAAUGUGGGAUACAUGAUCUCCAGGGGGACUGUAAAUCUUACUGUUACUUGUCAAGCAAACGGUACCUGGGAUGGUUCCGUUCCAACAUGUGUCCGAACUGAUUGUGGAGAUCUAACCAAGCCUUCUAAUGGCCAGGUGAACACUCAACCCGGAACACUGUACCAAAAGCUAGCUUCUUAUACCUGUAACCAAGGUUAUGAUCUAAUUGGUGUCAAUGUAAGAGAAUGUCAGGCAGAUGGAAUCUGGGAUGGUGCAGAGCCAACUUGCCAAAUUAUUGACUGUGGAAAUCUGACAAAUCCUACCAAUGGUUCUGUUGAUAUGUCAUCGGGAACUACUUUUUUCAAAGUGGCCAGUUACACAUGUGACACAGGUUAUGAGUUGACAGGGAAUGCCGAUCGUACAUGUCAGCUUGAUGGAAACUGGAAUGGAACAGACCCAACAUGUUCCAGAAAAAACUGUGGAAGUUUGUCAGCAGUUCUCGCUAAUGGAACAGCUACUCAGUCUGGUACAUUGUACGAGGACACGACAAUUUACACGUGCGACACAGGAUAUUAUAUCAGCCGGGGUGUGGUGAGCAAGACAGUUACCUGUACAGCAUCAGGGAGUUGGGAUGGGACUAUAGUGACAUGUAUUCCUGUAGAUUGUGGAGACCUGGGAGCUCCGGAUGGAGGUCAGAUAGACUAUCCAGAUACAAACUAUAAUACACGUGCAUCAUACACAUGUAACGUUGGUCACGAUCUGAAUGGAACAAAUGUUAGAAGGUGUGGAGCAGAUGGCAACUGGGAUGGAAAUGAGCCUGUUUGUCAAAUAAAAGAUUGUGGGUCACUUGGUGACCCUACUGAUGGAAGUGUGGCUGCCCCGGUUACAACAUACGGACAGACAGCAGUCUAUACAUGUGAUACUGGUUAUUACAUAGCAACAGGGUCGGCAACUCGAUACUGUGAUGAAAGUGGACAGUGGAAUGGGACAGAACCUACUUGUGUUAUUUAUGAUUGUCAGUCACCUGAUAAUGGAACAUUUUGCACUAUGGCCUACACAACAACUACAUAUGGAAGUACUGCGGUAUAUGCAUGUAAUACAGGCUAUUACAAGACAGCUGGAGACCUCACCAGAACCUGCGGAGAUGGUAUGUGGAAUGGAACUGCACCAACCUGCACUAUCAGAGACUGUGGUAGCCUCAGUAACCCAGUUGGUGGAACAGUAACAGCAAUCCUGACCACGUACAGUGAAGUAGCUGUCUAUGCAUGUGACAGAGGGUAUUAUAACAAUGGUGGUGAUUCCGAGCGCACUUGUCAGGCAGAUGGAAUGUGGAAUGGAACAGAACUUCAGUGUACAAUAUAUGAUUGUGGUGUUCCAUCAAAUGCUGUUUUUGGCACAGUCAAUUACACUAGUACAACCUAUGGUUCAGAUGCCGUCUACUCGUGUAACAGGGGUUACUACACAAAUGACACUGUAAUAAGGACCUGCGGGAAUGGGACGUGGUCUGGUUCAGUACCAACUUGCACUAUAUAUGAUUGUGGGGCACUUUCAACAAAUGUCAGUCAAGGGUCAGUAAAUAUCUCAGGGUCAACUUACUUAGAGACAGCAGUAUAUACAUGUGAUACAGGGUACCUGAUUUCUGGUUCCUCGAGCAACACUUUGACCUUGACCUGUGCAGCAGACGGUAGUUGGGAUGCUGUAGAACCUACUUGUGAUGCUGUUGACUGUGGUAGUAUGGUGGCUCCAUUCAAUGGUGAUGUAGAUACCAGUGCUGGCACAGGGUAUCUUGAUGUAGCUGCUUACACAUGUAACCAUGGAUACAGACUGUCAGGGAACAAUACACGUACAUGCCUCGCUGAUGGAAGAUGGAGUGAUUCUGCUCCUGUGUGCAUUAUUUAUGACUGUGGGUUUCCACCACAGUUAGUCAACGGUUCCGUAUCUGUCACUGUAACAACGUUUUCAGCAACAGUAGUGUACCAGUGUGACAUUGGAUACUACCAGAGUGCUGGUGAUGAUGUUAGAACUUGUGUACAUGGAGGUUCCUGGAAUGGAACACAACCCACUUGUACACUGUAUGAUUGUGGAUUGUUGUCAGAUCCCACUGAUGGAGAAGUUAAUGUUACAGGGCAGACAUAUGGAGAAAUGGCGAGAUAUACAUGUAAUACAGGGUAUUACAAGACUGCAGGGGACAGCACUAGAGCCUGUGGUAAUGGAACAUGGAGUGGAGAUGAGCCCACAUGCUCUAUUAGAGACUGUGGUCAGUUACAAGAUCCACCAAAUGGACAGGUGUUUUUGAAUGGUAGUACAACCUACAUGCAAGUUGCAAACUAUUCAUGCAACACUGGUUUCCAUAGGAGCAGAGGAGACAGCCUACGUACAUGUGAAGCAGAUGGAAACUGGAAUGGAACAGAGUUGAUUUGCAUUAUUUACGACUGUGGUUCUCUGUCUGACAUUGGAGAUGGUGAUGUGACGUUAACUGGAACUACUUUCAACGAGACAGCUACAUACACAUGUGACCCUGGCUAUUAUAUCAGUACUGGUGAUAUAACUAGGACUUGUAUGGAGGGCUUCUGGAGUGGUGCUCAACCUGUCUGUACAAUAUAUGACUGUGGAUCAGCUGGCACAUUGGUUAAUGGACGAGUAGUUGCCACAGGAACCAAGUAUAUGGAUAGAGCAACGUACACAUGCAACACUGGCUAUUUAAUAAAUGGAACAGAAUCACCUAUUGUUAUGCUAGUGUGCCUGGAUGGUGGAGAUUGGAGUGGCCAGUUUCCUACUUGCUUUUAUGUUGAUUGUGGCAUGUUACAACCUCCAGACAAUGGUAUGGUGGAUGUAAGUGAGGGUACAGGACUGGAUGAUAGAGCUGCCUAUACAUGUAGUACAGGUUAUGAUCUGGUUGGUAUAAAUGUGCGGACCUGUCAGCCAAGUGGUUUAUGGGAUGGAGAGAAACCAGUUUGUAAGAUUAAAGACUGUGGUGAUCUUGGUAACCCGGUUAAUGGAGAGGUGACUGUAACUGGUACAACAUAUGGUGAAAAAGCAACAUACGUAUGUAAUGUGGGAUAUUACGUAAGUUCUGGGAAUUCAACAAGAACGUGUAGGUCAAGCGGUGUCUGGGAUGGUACUGACCCCAUCUGCACCAAGAGCAUAGAGACCACCAGAGAUCCAUUGUCUGGAGAUGAAAGGGAUAUGGUAUGUGGACAUAGGAAUGAGGAUCUAGUAUUUGGUAUAACUGUGUCAAGUAUGACCAAGGAGGCUGAUUUCCUUGAAAUGAAGAAUCUCGUCAAGAAUGCUGUAUUGAGAUCCGACAUCAACUCUGGCGACAUGAGAAUUGGCGUGUUUGUAUUUAGUCAGCAGAUUGAUCAUGUGAUUCAUUUAAAUGAGUACAAUACCAGCAGUGAGCUGAUACAAGCUGUUGAUGCUAUACCAUACAAUAGAAGUAGUGGUCCCUCACAGCUUGGUUUUGGACUGACACAGAUAUCUGCCAUGUUUGAUGUUGUGUUUGGAGACCGUCCGGCAGUACCAAACUAUGUAUUUAUAGUUCUCGAUGACAAUGUCAAUAUGACAGGUAGUGAACCUGUUGCCAAGGAGGUCAGGGAUGAUGGAAUACAUGUAGACAUUAUGGCAGCAGGGUUCACUAAUGCCAGCAUGCUAGCUAAUAUUGCUUAUAAGCCACAGGGUCAUGUUUUCCUCAUGCAAUCACUUAAUGUUCUUCACCUGUAUGUGAAAUUUGUCUUGUGGAAGGAUAGUAGCUGUGAUUGUGGAACAAUAGACUCACAAGCCAAUGGUGAUGUGUCCAUGACUGGAACAUUCUACCUAGAUACUGCUACAUUCACCUGUAAUGAAGGCUACAACUUGAUUGGUUCCAGGCUUCUCACAUGUCAGUAUGGUGGAUCCUGGAGUGGUUCCCCUCCAACAUGCUUACUAAAUGGAUCAGAAACCACCAAGGGACCAAGUACUACAGCCAAACCAGAUACAGCAUUCUGCGGCUACAUGAAUGGUGAUAUCUUCAUUGCUCUGGCUGUGUCUAGAACAGUGGACCAGUCCGGCUUUGAUCAUAUGAAGAGCCUGGCACAGUCUAUCAUAGACCAUUCUGACAUUGAUGGGGGAAGUACAAGACUGGGCUUGUUUGUGUUUGAUACGUCUGUGAGAGGAAACACUGUAGUCGGCCUGAAUGAUUAUAACACACGGUCUGCUUUACUUCAAGCUGUGAAUGAUAUAGAAUACAGUCCAUCAGGGGGUAGUUCAAACCUGUCUGCUUCUCUCCAACAAAUAAAGACAAUGUCGUCCGACAUGAGACAGAGUUUUCUUCUUGCGUAUAUAAUACUGGACCAAGAUGUUUCCUAUAUUGGUGCAUCACAGUUGGCGGACCAGUUACGAAACAUGGGGGUAAUGUUGAGUUUUGCUGCGGUUGGAUUUGCUAACUUAGAUACUUUGGGAACUCUUGCUUUUGCACCAAAUCCAGCAUACGUGUGGCAGAUUCCUAACUCUCCAGCUGUUGGAUAUGUCGCUUCACAGGUCCUGUUUAAAGAUGAGGAAUGCAAUUGUGGGUCACCAAGUGCACCUUUACAAGGAUCUGUCUCAGUAACAGGAACCCACUUCCUUGAUGUAGCCACAUUCUCUUGCAAUGUUGGCUAUGACCUUGUUGGUUCUGAGGAAAUUGUUUGCCAGUAUGGAGGUUCCUGGAAUGGUUCCAGUCCUACCUGUUCUCCAAGGGUUACAGUUGCAACAACACCUCCAACAGUUCCCCCUGAGCUAGAAACAACAUGUGGAAUACAUAAUUUAGACAUUGUGUAUGGUAUUGGUGUAAGUAGUGAAAUGACAGAAGGAGAAUAUUCAUCUGUAAAGAAUUUGGUGUUUACAACAAUACAUCGUGCAGACAUUGACUUUGGUUUAACAAGAUUUGGUUUCUUCCUUUUUGACACGAUGGUGAGAGCGGAGUCGGUGAUACACCUGAGGCAGUACAGCAGUAGAGCAGACAUGAUACUUGCAAUAGACAGUAUAACCUUCCAGCCAGCAUCGAGUCCUGUACAGCUGUCUGUUGGUCUGGAACAGAUUCUUACCAUGUUCUCACCUCUGAAUGGGAACAGACCUGGAAUAUCAAACAUGGCAGUGAUUGCUUUAGACAGUAAUGUGGAUACCAGUAACAGUACAAUUGAUGCCGAGCAGCUAAAGAACAACAAAAUUGAUCUUGGAUUUCUCACUGUUGGUUUUGACAGAGCAGCUGAUUUAGAGAAGCUGGCAUACAGUCCUUUGUCUGUGUACAGUGUUGAUACCUAUGGCAUCCUGUAUUGGGCUGCAGUAAAUCUCAUAUUCAAAGAUGAAAUUUGCAGUUGUGGUAAGCUAGAUGAUCCAGCAUUUGGCUCUGUUGUUGAGACUGGUUCCCAUUUUCUCGAUGUUGCCUCAUUCUCCUGUAUUAAAGGCUAUGAACUUACUGGUUCCCAGCAACUUGUGUGUCAGUAUAAUCAUGCUUGGAGUGGCUCCCCACCCACAUGUUCUCAGUCAGGACCUGGUGUUACCAGCCCACCAAGACCCACUAUAAACCCUAAAAUAGAUUGUGGUCUCUGGAAUGCAGACGUUGUGGUAGGUAUAGCUACUUCUGCAAUAACAAGUGAAACAGAUUUCAGAAACCUGAUUUCUAUGGUGAAAACUUUGGCAAGUCUCUCUGACAUUGAUUCAGGGUCAGCUAAGUUUGGCUUCUUCAUAUUUGAUGCAUUGGUUUAUCAGAGUGAUGUGAUAAGCUUGGGAGAGUAUGAUUCAACCGUUGAUUUGUUGGCAGCCAUAGAUCGCAUACAGUAUACUCGUUUCAGAAGUAUGACCCGGCUCUCGUAUGGUCUUCAGCAGGUUCUCAGCAUGUUUUCUGCUCAGAUUGGUGGAAAUAGGGCAGAUAUUCCUGAUCAUGCUUUCAUCGUGACUGGAACAGACGUGCUCUACUAUGAUGUUUUCCUUGCAGCCAAUCAGAUCAAAGAGUCCGGAAUAAUGCUUCAUAUUAUCACAGACAAAUAUAAUCCUGUACUGGCAUCAUUGACGUAUCCAGCAGAUGGUCAUUUUAUAGAGCUGUCGGCAUUGGAUAUGGAGUCAUUUAAAGCAGUAGAUCUGUUUAGAAAUACUAACUGCAAUUGUGGAAUCCCCAGCACACCAACUCAUGGUUCAGUCAAUUUCACUGAUACAUACUAUCUUGCUGUUGCGACAUAUUCCUGUGAUCUAGGCUAUGAUUUGAUUGGUUCCCGGCAGAUUGUGUGUCAGGAUAGGGGAAAAUGGAUGGGUUCCCCUCCUACAUGCUCUCAAACAAGCACAACACCAAAGCCCACUGAAGGUCCAUUGAUAGAUAUAACUUGUGGAUUCCAGAAUGUAGAUGUAAUCUUUGGCCUAGCUGUAUCUAGUUCUGUAAGUUCAGGAGAGUUCGAGGCCAUGAAGAUAUUCCUUGGGGGUGUGAUUGAACAUACAGACAUUGAUAAUGGCACUGCAAGGCUUGGUAGCUUCGUUUUUGACACAAGUGUCCGAGCAAACACAGUCAUCAAUCUGAAUAAUUUCAGUUCACGUUCAGAUCAGUUGACGGCUGUAAUCAAUCUGCAAUACAGUCCAUCAGGAAACCAGUCUGUUCUAUCAGCUGGUCUCCAGCAAUUACUUGAAAUGUUCUCGUCUCCUACUAGUGGCAGGAGAAUAGGGGUACCAGCCAUGGCUUUCAUUGUAACAGGCAGCAAUAUUGUUCUAGAUGGUUUACCAUUGUCAAACCAGUUAAGAAAUGCAGAUAUAGUGCUUAGCUUUUUAACUGUUGAUUUCAACCCCUUGGAUAAGCAGAAAUUGACAGAGUUAUCUUUCUCACCUGACAACAACUACAACAUGGAUAUACCAAGUUUUCUAGCACUAGGAAUGGCCACCAGCAUUGGCAUGUUGUUCCAAGAUGGUGAAUGUAAUUGUGGUGUACUUCCAAGUCCUAGCAAUGGUUCAGUGACAUUUAAGGAAACAAUAGGUGGCCCGAUGACAUACUUUCUGGAUAUCGCUUCCUUCAUGUGUAACCAAGGAUUUCAGCUGGUAGGUUCACAGCAGCUAGUAUGUCAGUAUGGGGGAACAUGGAAUGGCCUGCCACCUACCUGCAUAUUCACAGGAGUCACAGGGAUUACAUUUCCUACCUCACCAACACCAACAACACCAGGGCUACCGGAUAUUGAUACAGAGUGUGGAUUUCAAAAUUUGGAUGUUAUUUAUGGUAUUGCUCUGUCUAGAAGCAUUAGUGAAAUCGACUUUGAGCAUAUCAAAAAUCUUAUCAAAACUGGAAUUGACAGUGCAGAUAUUGACACUAGUUCAACUCAGCUUGGUUUCUUUAUAUAUGGCAAUGGGUUUGCAAUGCAAUCUGUUGCCUUGGAUAAAUACAAGACCCGCUCAGAUCUUCAUAGAGCCAUUGAAAGCUACCAGUAUAUUCAGUCUAAUAAUCAAGUGUCUCUGCCACUGGGACUGGUCAUAGCACAGAAUAUGUUCUUGUCGUCUGCUAAUCGAGCAGCUGUCCCAGACAUAUUGUAUAUGAUCCUGGAUGAUAAUGUGGAUAUGACAGGAGCUUCAGAGGUCAUAGAACAGAUCAAAGCAGCAAGGAUUCACCUGGACCUUAUAGCAGUAGGAUUUCCUAAUUCAUCUGAAAUACAUACACUUGGACGUGUUAUUGAGUUUGAUAGUUUUGGAGGUCUUGGAGCAGCCAUUACAGCAGAAGGAUUGCAUAGAAGUACCGAAUGUAACUGUGGAGAUUUAACAAGUCCUAGCAAUGGUGAAGUUCUGUUUGAUGACACAUACUUCCUUGAUGUUGCUACAUUCUCCUGUAACCAGGGAUAUGAUUUGGUUGGUUCCCAGCAACUUGUAUGUCAGUAUAGAGGAUUAUGGAAUGAUCUUCCUCCUACAUGCAUACAAAAGGCAUCUCAGAAGUCUGUAGAUAUGUUGAUAAGUUUGAACAUGACAGUACGGCCAGAUGUGGACCUGACAAACAAUCAGACAUACAAGGAUGAAGUCAGACUUGCACUUGUGAGAUACUACAUUAAAUUGAUGAAAGACAGUGCUGUGGAAAUUGUUAUCAAUUCUUUAAGUUUUGGUAGUCUGGUUAUAAACUACACAGUUGUUAUACCAAAUACAGAGACUUCAGCUCAGGAGUUUGCACAGUCUACUGUCAGUCUGGCCAAGGGAGCUGCAGUUGAAAUACUGGGAGAGAGCUUAGCUGUAACAGAUAUGAGUAUCGGAGAAGAGCCUGUAAACCUUGAUACUAUGACAGAGGAAAGUUUAAGCUGUAAAACCUUCGUAGCAGCAAAUGGUGCAUGUGAUGUUGGUUAUAUCUGUCAGCUUGAGGCAGAUCUACCUAGCUGUAUACUGUGGAUAUCCUGGCAGUUUUCUCAAUGGUAUGAUGUCAACAGUAGAUGGCACACUGUAUGGCAAAAAUGCAACAUACAUAUGUAACACAGGAUACAUACUAGAGGGAAGUUACACAAGAACAUGCGAGCCCUCGGGUCUGUGGGUACCAGAGGCCCCUAGAUGCUUGCUCAUAGAUUGUGGAAGCCUGUCUAGUCCAGAGAAUGGACUGAUAGAUCUACCUGGAGGUACUACAUUCGGACAGAUCGCAACUUUCUCUUGUCACCUUGGUUACAUACUGCAGGGACAGCAGGAACUAGUGUGUAC